AGUAAAAACGCGCCUUUUGUUUCUGCAACAUUUCGCCAUUAAAAUUUUCAUCCCCUAAUCCUAAUCCAUUUCCUCAAUUUUCUUUUUCAAAACCCUAAUCAACAUUAAUCCAGAUUUAAAACCUUAAUCAUCACAGGUUAAUAGUCUUUUGAUCCUCUUUAAUCUCAGAAAAGGUUGAAAACGAGACACGAACGGUGGGAAUGACAACUCCUAUGCCACCAGGGGCACCAAGGCAACACCCACCUCAGACUCAUAAUCCAAAUUUGCAGCAAAAAUCAGAUUCUUUACCAGAUAAUUUUCAGAAUUUGAAUCUGAACAUGACAUCUCCGUCGCUUACCUCGCAUAUAAGGUCACCACCAACUACCUCUACCUCAGUUCCUUCACAGCCAAUUUCCCGCCCUGGUGCACCUCCUCCAGAGAUUGUUCCUGGACACAAUGUGCCUCCAAAUAUGGGUUCAGUCAGGCCAUUUCGGCCACCAGGUGGACAACCUUUGCCUUUCGGGACUAGACCACCUCCGGGGUCUUUGCCUUCUUCAAUGGGUGGCGGUCCUAUAAUCACUCCAGGAGGUUCAAGUGCAUCUGGACUGGGAGGUCGACCAAGUGCUUUUGGUGGUUCGAUUAGAAAUAGUCCACCUGCUGGGGUGCCUCCACCAAUGAUGGUGGCUGGUAGGCCUCCUGGUCAGGCCUCUGGUAUGGUGCCUUUUGUUGGGAGUCUUCAGCUGAGUCGUAGGCCAGGUCCUCCUAUGCAAUCGGCUUUGCCAUUUUCAGCUCCAUUGUCUGCUCCUUUUGGGACAUUGACAUGGGCACCUAGUCAGGUGGCUCCAGCUACAGCAGCACCUGAUUCUGUUCAACCACAUAGAAUGUUCGGAAUGCCGCCACCUCAACCAAACCAAGUAUUACCUUCCAUUGAUCAAACUGGUUCUAGCCUGGAAGACGCAUGGAAGAUUAAUUCAAAUCAAGUUCCAAGGCCCACUCCAAGUUCAUCUGUAAUUCAGUAUGACACUCAUCAGGGCAAUCAAGCCAAUACCCCUCCGCCUGCUACUAGUGAUUACAUUGUCAAAGACACUGGAAGCUGCAGUCCCCGCUAUAUGAGAUGCACAAUCCAUCAGAUUCCUUGUACUGCUGACCUUUUAACAAAUUGCGGUAUGGAAUUUGCCUUGAUGGUUCAGCCGUUGGCCCUUCCUCACCCACAUGAAGAGCCCAUUCCGGUUGUGGAUUUUGGUGAACAUGGUCCAAUUCGAUGCUCUCGUUGCAAAGGCUACAUAAACCCUUUCAUGAAGUUUACUGAUCAUGAUAGGCAAUUCAUCUGCAACUUUUGUGGAUUUAUUGGUUCCACUCCCCAUGAGUAUCAAUGCAAUCUAGGUCCAGAUGGUAGGCGUAGAGAUGCUCACGAGAGGCCUGAGCUAUGUAGGGGAACUGUUGAAUUUGUUGCUACUAAGGAAUAUAUGAUGCGAGAUCCAAUGCCUGCAGUAUAUUUCUUUCUCAUUGAUGUUUCCAGGAAUGCAGUACAGACCGGUGCAACUGCUGCAGCAUGUGCUGCAAUCAGCCAAGUCAUUGCGGAUCUUCCAGAAGGUCCUCGGACAAAGUUGGGAAUUGCAACAUUCGACUCAACUGUACAUUUUUACAACUUGAAACGCGUACUGCAACAGCCAUUGAUGCUGAUUGUUCCAGAUGUGCAUAAUGUUUAUAUUCCUCUUGAAACUGAUGUUGUUGUUCAGCUUUCGGAGUGCCGUCAACAUAUAGAGCAACUGCUGGAAAGCAUUCCAACCAUGUUUCAGGACAACAGAACUGCCGAAUCAGCUUUUGUUGCGGCAAUCAAGGCAGCUUUCUUGGCUAUUAAGAGUUCUGGAGGGAAACUUUUAGUAUUUCAAUCAGUCCUACCAUCAGUUGGCAUGGUUGCACUUUCUGCACGAGAUGCUGAAGGAAGAGGUAAUAUCUCUGCAGGAGAUAAGGAGCCUCAUAAACUACUCCAACCUGCAGACAUAGCUUUGAAGACAUUGGCAAUUGAAUUUGCCGAGUGCCAGGUCUGCGUGGACGUAUUUAUCACUACCCAGGCUUAUGUUGACAUUGCUUCUAUCUAUGUUAUCCCAGGAACUACAGGAGGGCAGGUUUAUUACUAUUACCCUUUCUCAUCCAUUUCUGAUCCAGUAAAACUUUACAAUGAUCUUAGAUGGAAUAUUACAAGGCCACAAGGUUUCGAGGCCGUGAUGCGUGUGAGAUGCAGCCAGGGUAUUGAUGUGAAAGAAUACCAUGGGAACUUUUGCAAACGCAUUCCGACGGAUGUUGAUCUACCAGGGAUAGACUCCGACAAAACCAUAAUGGUAACUUUAAAACAUGAUGAGAAACUGCAGGAUGGAUCAGAGUGUGCUUUUCAGUGUGCUCUUCUUUAUACCACUGUGUACGGUCAAAGAAGAAUACGGAUUUCAACUUUGUCUCUGCCGUGCACAAGAAACUUAACUAACUUGUUCCGAUCAAUUGACUUAGAAACACAAUUUGUUUGUUCUUUGAAACAAGUUGCAAAUGAAAUACCUUAUACUCCACUCUUGCAAAUGCGGGAACAAGUGACACAUAUUUGCAUCAAUAAAUUGUUCGCAUACCGUAAAUUUUGCACUACAGCAACCAAAUCUGGACAGUUAAUUCUCCCUGAAGCACUAAAGCUGUUGCCUCUAUAUACUCUUGGACUAACUAAAAGUACUGGACUGAAAACUGAUGGGAGAAUAGAUGAUCGGUCUUUCUGGAUCAAUUAUGUGUCCCACAUUUCUAUUCCUUUGGCAGUUUGCCUAGUGCUUCCUCGGAUGAUUGCUGUUCAUAACCUUGAUCUCCAUAAACCGGAAGGGACUGAAUCUGUUAUUCCUCAAAUGCUUCCUCUUUCAAGUGAAUAUGUGAGUGAGGAGGGCAUUUAUCUUCUUGAAAAUGGUGUUGAUGGCUUAAUAUACAUUGGAAGCUUGGUGGAUUCAAAUAUAUUGAGACAACUAUUCGGUUUUUCUUCGGUUGAAGAAACACCUAACCAGUUUGUAUUGCAGCAAUAUGAUAAUCCAUUGUCCAAGAAUCUGAAUCACGUGGUAAAUGAUAUUAGGCGCCAACGCUGCUCCUACCUCCGAUGGACUUUGUGCAGAAAAGAAGAUGCAUCAGGAGCAUUGUUCAUCUCGUAUUUGGUUGAAGACGCGAACCAGAAAGGUGGUCCAUCGUAUUCUGAAUUUCUAGUUCAUCUCCAUCGGAGCAUUCAAGCAAAAAUAUGUUAACAACAUCAAACAUUUGUUUUCUGGAAUUAACACUGUUGAUAUUAUUCUAAAGAAACCUGAAUCUUUUUCUUUUAUGAGGAAAGAACUAACGCUUUGUGGUAGAACCCAGUGUCA